AUUAAGUAACCCAAAAACCUUAUGAAAACCCCAAAAUACCCUUGUACUCAAUAACUUCAUGCUUCACUGUUACAAAGUUUCACCCUAAAACUAAUUUGACCAAAAAAAAAAAAAAAUCAAAGAAAGAAAAAAAUUCACAUUAAUUUAGAGGAUAUAGAUUUAUCUGUUACUUUCAUAAUCAUCAUCAUCAUCUUCAUCCUCUACCUUGUUAUUAGGGUUUGUAUAAUUUUCACUGAAACUUCAAUUCUUCAAGCUCCAGAACCAAUCUAUAAGAUUACCAAAUUAUCCUUGCUUAUUUGACUGAUUCACCAUUGUAACAACGCGUUUUUCAUAUAUUCAACGUUACUAUUGAACAUCGCUAAUCCUUCAGAUUUUGUUUAGAUAUCUCAUCUUAGGAUUGGCGCGUUCGAGCUAUUUAUGAAGUUAGCGGAAAGUUGAUUUAGCUUCUAUCGAUUUCAUUUAUAGGUACGGUCGACAUCUUUCACUUUAUGAGUACGUUUCUUCAAAGGAAGACGAAUCAGGACAUUAUUGCUUAUUGCCCUUUGCAUGAGGUCAUUGAUGGGGACCGAGCUUAUGAGGAUAUGUGUUAAAGAAGAUGAUGAUUUUCCGUCAGUUCCACCGGGUUUUGAGUCAUAUACAUCUUUCGCACUGAAGAGGGUAGAAGAGAAUGAGAAAAACAAUGAUAAAAAUCCGACGAGUUCCUCGACGACGACAAGUGCAUCUGAAUCACAGUCAACUCAGGUCGGAAAUGGCGUGCAAUUGAGUGAUAGUGCAAAGGUUUCUAGAUCCCUUCGACGAAGAAGAUGGAUUAACCAUGGAAAGUGCGAGAGCAGUUCAGAGGAAGACGCUGAUUGUGAGCGGCAUGAUCAAAAUUUCUCCUCAAGGCCUUGUCUUCCUAAAGGAGUCCUCAGAGGAUGUCCAGAUUGCCGUAAUUGCCAAAAGGUCAUUGCUAGAUGGCGACCAGAAGUUGCUCGUAGACCACAGAUUGAGGAUGCUCCUGUUUUCUACCCCACUGAAGAGGAAUUUCAAGAUACUUUGAAAUAUAUAUCAAAGAUUCGCUCCAGAGCUGAACCAUAUGGAAUCUGCCGUAUUGUUCCCCCACGUUCAUGGAAACCCCCUUGUCCUCUCAAGGAAAAAAGUAUAUGGGAGGGUUCUAAAUUCGCUACUCGUGUUCAGAGGAUUGACAAACUUCAGAAUCGUAAUUCAGGGACAAAGAAGUCAAGGAUUCAAAAUAAUAUGAAAAGGAAAAGGAGAAGAUGCACAAGAAUGGGAGUGGAUAAUGGCACUGGAACAGAACCUAAUGCAGGAUUUUGUGAAGUUGAAACAUUUGGGUUUGAACCUGGCCCAGAAUUUACCUUGGAAACAUUUAAGAGAUAUGCAGACGAGUUUAAGGCCGAAUACUUCAAAAAUGAUAAUUUAUCUCAUCCAAGUGCUAAUACAACAAUUUUAAAUGGUACCUCAGAGCCUUCUGUGGAGAACAUUGAGGGUGAAUACUGGCGGAUGGUUGAGAGUCCUACUGAAGAAAUUGAGGUGCUUUAUGGAGCUGAUCUGGAAACUGGGAGUUUUGGGAGUGGUUUUCCUAGCAAGUCUAGUCAAGUUUCUGUUUCAUACGAGCAGUACAUAAAAUCUGGGUGGAAUUUAAAUAACUUUGCAAGGUUACCUGGAUCUCUGCUCUCUUAUGAAACCAGUGAUAUAUCUGGUGUUGUAGUGCCAUGGUUGUAUAUAGGAAUGUGCUUUUCCUCAUUUUGUUGGCAUGUGGAAGAUCACCAUUUAUAUUCAUUGAAUUAUAUGCAUCUGGGUGCUCAAAAAAUGUGGUAUGGUGUCCCUGCAAAAGAUGCAUGCAAAUUGGAAGAGGCCAUGAGAAAGCAGUUACCUGAGCUUUUUGAAGAACAACCUGACUUGCUUCAUAAGCUGGUCACGCAGCUUUCUCCUUCUAUUCUUAAGUCCAAAGGUGUGCCAGUUUAUAGGUGUGUUCAAAACCCUGGGGACUUUAUUCUAACAUUUCCUCGAGCCUACCAUUCUGGGUUCAAUUGUGGCUUCAACUGUGCUGAGGCUGUUAAUGUAGCUCCCGUUGACUGGCUUCCACAUGGACAUAUUGCUAUAGAGCUGUACCGGGAGCAGGGGCGUAAGACUUCUGUAUCUCAUGAUAAGCUAUUGCUUGGGGCUGCUAGGGAAGCAGUACGAGCCCAGUGGGAGAUUACUUUGCUGAAGAAAAACACUUCAGAUAAUCUAAAAUGGAAAGAUGUUUGUGGAAAAGACGGUCUUUUGGCAAAAGCAUUCAAGGCACGUGUUGAGAUGGAGCGGGUAAGAAGGGAAUUUCUCUGCAGUUCUUCAAAGGCAUUAAAAAUGGAGAGUAGUUUUGAUGCUACCAGUGAAAGGGAAUGCAGCUUCUGUUUUUUUGAUUUACACCUAUCUGCUGCUGCCUGUCACUGUUCCACAGAUAGAUAUGCUUGCUUGGAUCAUGCUAAGCAAUUGUGUUCAUGCUCUUGGAGCUCCAAAUUUUUCCUAUUUCGUUAUGAUAUUAGUGAACUAAAUAUUCUUGUUGAGGCAUUGGAAGGAAAAUUAAGUGCAGUUUACAGAUGGGCAAAAUUAGACCUUGGGCUGGCCCUGACUUCUUAUAUCUCAGCAGAUAAAAAAACAGUAUGUCAGGAAUUGAAAUUGCAUUCAUCCGACUCGUCUUAUUCUUCCAGGAGCAAUGUGAAUAAUGAGGCGGCUUUGACAGAUGUUCCAAUAGUGGAUCAAGCAAAUUCUGCAAAUAGCAAGGAUCAGAGCUAUCUUAAACAGAAGAAUAGCUUCAAACCUACAUGUGAGAUGGCUAAUCGUAAGAUCUUUGCUAUUAAAGGAGAGUCUAUCAUUUGUAGAUCAAAGCCGAGUGUCCCUGUUUGUGAAUUCAAUCAAGAGGAUUCCUCGUAUGCUUUAUCUCCGCCGCUAGCUCAACAUGGAGAUGAGAAAAGUACACAUUCAAGACCUAAAGAUAUCAUACUUCUUAGUGACGACGAAGAUGAUGAAAUGAAGAUGUCAGAUUCAAAUAGAAGGAAGGAGGUUCCUCAUAUGCUUGCUGGUUCUAGAAACAAAGCAAGCCUGUGUAGUGAUAUAGAAGAUAAAAGCUUGACCAUCCCUGUGACAGAUGCUUCUGUGACAGGUGAGAAGGAUGCUAUUGCGGUGCUUCGUGAAGAUUCAGGCUCAAAUUCAACUCAGCUUUUACAAGUAAAACAAGAAUGUCAUGAGCAGAGAAGACCAAUUAUACCUUCUACCCCAGUAGAUCUUUCUUUUCAUAUAGGUCUUACUGGUGCAGAAUCAGCUAGGAACAUUCCAGCUUCUACAAGAGUGGAUGCCAGCGGUCAUAGUUUAGAACGUUUGGAGGUUUGUCCUUCAAACCCCCAACCUUCCAGCACUAUUAAGGCUAAGAACGAGGAUAAUCAUGAGAAGUUUGAUGGAUGUUCCACUUCUAAUGUAGCAGACAGUGCAAGAGCUGUUAACGGAAACAUCUCUUGUGGUCCAAACAAUUCCCGUCAGAAAGGUCCUCGUAUUGCAAAGGUUGUCCGGCGCAUCAACUGCAAUGUUGAGCCUUUGGAAUUUGGAGUCGUGCUUUCUGGAAAGUCAUGGUGCAGCAUUCAGGCUAUAUUUCCAAAGGGAUUUAGAAGCCGUGUUCGAUACAUAAAUAUCUUAGAUCCAUGCAGUACAUGUUACUAUAUUUCAGAAAUUCUUGAUGCUGGACGUGGUUCGCCUCUAUUUAUGGUUUCCUUGGAAAAUAAUCCAAGGGAGGUCUUCAUUCAUAUGUCAGCAACAAAAUGCUGGGAUAUGGUAAGAGAGAGAGUGAAUCUAGAGAUAGCAAAACAGUUUAAGCUGGGAAGAAAGGGCCUUCCUCCUUUACAUCCUGCUGGCAGCCUUGAUGGCUUUGAAAUGUUUGGAUUUUCUUCACCAGAAAUAGUGAAGGCUAUUGAGGCGCUAGAUCGAAGUCGAGUUUGUCAUGAAUACUGGGACUUCCGUCGGCCUCAAGGGCAGCUUUCACAAGCUGGCCAGACCACUGUAAAUGGUGGAGGUGGAAGUGAUCAAGGGGUUCCCAUGAAUCAGCACACACCCACCGGAGCUGUUGCAGUACUGAAGAGCCUAUUUAAAAAGGCGAAUGUGGAAGAAUUGAACUCAUUGUACAACAUUCUUACUGACAAUAAGCCAGCGGCUGAACAGAUCCCAAUUGCAAAAAUUCUCUAUGAAGAAAUUCACAAAACCCAACCACCCUAGGUGAUCAAUUAUUUGGACGUAUGAAUAAUACGCCUAACUUUUUCUUGACAUGUAAAUUGUAGUUCAUCUGAGGUUGCACUUGCAACUUCGUCCAACCUUAGUCUUUGGGUUUUUUUCCCCGCCUGAAUGGAGGUUAUAGAGAAAGAAAAAGGAGAAAAUAGAAAAUAAAAUUAGAAAAAGGGAAAGAAAAUUAUUUCCCUUUAAAUUUUUUGCUUAUUUAAAGUGACAGUGUUUGGAUGGAAAGUUUCAAAGUCACUUUGGUUGCCUCAUGAAAUUCUGAAAGGCAAGGCUACCGGCCAUUAUUAUUGAUUUUGGUUCAAAUGUUGUUCACAUUUUGAAACAACAAUUAGGUGCAUUUUAGAUUAUUUUUUUCA